AUGACUAGUGAAGAUUUGUCUUUCCAAUAUGAUAUUGGAAGGAGAAGCAAUUAUGUGGGAAGCGGCAAGGAAGUGCAAGUCGAGCGCAUCAAUGCUUAUAUUUGCAACCCCACUUACAACACGAACAAAGCUUUGAUUUUGGUUCAUGAUAUAUACGGAUGGCAGUUCUCAGACACCAGAUAUGUCGCCGAUAUUCUUGCAUAUAAUGGAUAUGUAACCAUCUGCCCAGACUUUUUCCUGGGAAAAGAACCUUGGAAACCCACUGAUAAAUGGAAGGAUUUUGCGGACUGGUUAAAACACCGAGAUCCCACGAAAGUGAAUAAGACAACUGCUAUUUUUGUGAGGUAUCUAAAGGAGCAGUUCAGUGCAACGAACAUUGGUAUCGUUGGGUUCUCCUGGGGUGGAAUGGCCGUACAUCACUUGAUGCUGACAACCCCUGAAUUAAAGGCUGGGGUAUCCCUCUACGGAAUCAUCAGGGACUCAGAUCAGAGGUAUGACUUGCUGAAUCCCACCUUUUUCAUAUUUGGCGGAAAAGAUCACACAAUUUCUCUCGAUCAGGUGACUUUGCUGGAAGAAAAACUGAAAGAGUACUGCAGGGUGCCCUACAAAGUUAAGGUGUAUCCUAAACAAGUUCAUGGUUUUGCCCAGUGUAAGCCUGAGGACAUGAAGCCGGAAGACGUGCCUUACAUUGAAGAAGCAAGAAUGGAUAUGAUGAGCUGGCUGAACAGAUACAUGAUGGUUUGAAGCCACAAACAGCCCCUCUGCUCUGUUCUUGACUCUCAGAGUUGAGGAGCACAGUAUUAUCCAUCAGACUUUGAAGUAGAUAAAUGACGUCGGAAAGA